AUGAGAUUCCCCUUUGAGGUGGAUCUUCAACGAGAACAAGAUUUUUCCAUUGGGGUUAAUUCCAAGGUGUUUCCUAUUGGAUUAAUGAAUGUAGGUGUUGAGGAGGAAUCGAUGCCGAAUUCACUCCUGGCGUCUCUCCUUGGUGAUGAUAAGGCUGCAACGAUUGAUCAUAAAAUCUAUAAGGGUGAUUCCCCAGCACCAAUGACUAAAGAUGCUAACUUGGCUGAUGAAUUGUCAAGGGGUGCCAUUGGUGCACUAUGGGUUGCAUUAACAUCUCUAGAAGGUCUCCGUUCGUAG